GAUGAUUUCGACGAGGCGGCACCGCCAACUCACCCCCAGGCCGCAACCUACGUAGGGCAACUCAACGAGCACAACAAGUUUCAUGGGACGGGCAGCAUCGCGUGGCCCGAUGGCCGCAAGUACGCUGGCCAGUGGCGCGACAACGUCAUCGAAGGCACCGGCGUCAUGCAAUGGGAGGACGGGUCCCUCUACAAGGGCGACUUCAAGAACGGACUCCGAGAGGGCAAGGGGGUGCACACGUUCGCCGAUGGCGGGGUGUACUCGGGCCUGUUCAAGGAGGGCAAGCGACACGGCUGGGGUCGACGCGUGUACGCCGAUGGCCGCAUCUACGAGGGCGACUACCGCGAGGAGCUGCAGGAAGGCACAGGCACCAUGAAGUGGCCCGACGGAAGCGAGUACAAGGGCGGCUUCAAGCAGGGGAGGAAGCACGGGCACGGUCGCAUGUUCUGGGCUCACAAUGGUGAGACCUACGAGGGGGACUGGUAUCACGACUCCAGGCAUGGUCAGGGUGUGCGCACGUACACGGACGGUCGGUUGUACAGGGGGUCCUACUACAAAAACGCUCAGCACGGUCUGGGCGAGCUAAGGAACUCCAACGGGUCGACAUUCAUGGGGAAGUGGUACCACGGCAAGAAGCAUGGCGAGGGCUUGGCCAUCGACAAGCACGGGACAGCGAGUGUCGAGGUGUGGAACAACGGAGCGUUAGUGCUGGCGCGGGCGCUGGAAGGGAUCAACGUGAGGAGUACGAGGGAGGGCUUGUCGUCGCCUUCUCACUCGCCGACCCAGAACGCUCCUCUCGCCGGCGACACCACCGAGGACGACGACGACGACGACGACGAGGAGGGCGAGGCCAUCUAA